AGAGCCUCCACCAUGGGAUGUGUACAGAGUUUAAAACUCAAGCCACGUUUUCAUGAGAACAUCACAGUCCUGGAACUGCAAGCCUCCAUUGAUCCUAGUCCAACUGUCAUCGAUGAGUCAUCUAAUGUGGUUCUGCGAUACCGUACGCCUUACUUCAGGGCAUCAGCUCAGGUGCAGGUGCCACCCAUGCUUUGCAAAGAUAUCUGGACCGUUGGCUGGAUCCAGGCUUGCAAUCAAAUGGAUUUCUUCAAUAUAUAUGGGAAUGAAGGAGUAUCCAGCUGGGAGCUCCCAGAGAUGAAAUGUGGGCAGAUCCAGGCCAUUAGUGAUUCAGAUGGUGUGAAUUACCCCUGGUAUGGUUGCACCACUGAGAUGUACACGAUAGUGGGUCCCACCAAGAAGAGCACCAAACUCACCGUCAGCAUGAAUGACAACUUCUGCCCAAGUGUGACGUGGAGUGUCCCAGUGGGCACCACCAACAGUCCCCCUCUCCUGAGCUCCAUCCAGAGGGACCAGUGCUUCACCACAUGGCUCGUGGCCAUGAACGAAACCACAGCUGAGAUGGUGCUACUCCGAACCAUCCGCUGGAGGAUGCAGCUCUGCAUUAAAGUGGAUCCAAUGAAGCCCCUGGGUCAAAGAGCCACAGUUGUGGAGCCACUGAUCCAGGAACAGCCUCAAGUCCUGGUCAGAAAUGAACCUAUCCCGACAAAUGCCUUGCUUAAGCCUAAUGCCAACGAUGCCCAGGUUCUAAUCUGGCGGCCUAGAAAUGGGGAGCCCAUUGUGGUCAUACCCCCAAAAUAUUGUUCCAAUGAAGGAUAUUUACUUCCAGCUUGAAGUAAAAUGAUUCAAUAAUGCUCAGUUAAAUGAAGAAUGGCGUGUGAGUAUGAGAAUUAUAGUCAACAGGGUUACUGAUUUAAAGUUUUAAAAAAGAACAAAUGUAUAAUUUGCGUAUUUAUAGGCUGUUUGAAAGGAUAGUCCACCUAAAAAUUCAUUUACUCAACCUCAAGUCAUUCCAAACCUGUAUGCUUUUCUUCUGCGGACAGAAGAACAUAUUUUGAAGAAUGUUCGUAACCACCCAGUUUUGAGUCCCAUUGACUUCCAUAGUAUUUUUUAUUUUAUUUUAUUUUUUAUCCAUACUGUGGAUAAAGUUGGUGGAACCUGAAAUCCAUUGGUUCGCAACAUUCUUCUAAAUAUCUUCUUUGUGUUCCACAGAAGAAAGAAAAUCAUACAGGUUUGGAAUGACUUGAGGAAAUAAAUGAUGACAGAAAUUUCAUUUUGGGGUGGACUGUCCCUUUAAGGGCACACAAUUAUCAUAUUGUGUACUGUUUUGUUUUUAAAUAUUUGUAAUAUUUGAAUAUUUAUAAUUUGUAAGACUGUGUGGUCUUUGCAUACUUGACUAUGAACUGAAAUUUGGCCUUAUGAAACUUAUUAUUCUAAACUAAACUGAAAUCGUUUGUUCACGCCGCAUGAGCUGAUUAUUAAAUGUAUAAUGGAGGUAUAUUUAUUUUUACUGUGGUGUGGCCAAUGUUUUACAAACAAAUGUUGCCUUUUAUUUUGUGCAGUUACAGGAAACACGUUUGCAAACGUCACUUGUGUCCGUGGCAUCUUACAGGAUGUUUCCUGGUCUAGAACUGUGAAUAAUUUAGUUGUCUUCUCAUGUUUUAAGAGGCAGCUUUUCAAGUGGUGUUUCAGGUAUCUCUUUUUUUACACAUGGAAAACCUUUAGGUGAAAGAUAAGGUGGAAACUAUACAAUAAAAUCAGUGUGUAAAAAUAAAUAGACUUUACUGUUGUUGUUGUGUUAUCACAAUUAAAAAAAAUAAAAAAAUAAAUAAAGCUUUACUAAAGAGCAGACAGCUUAAUACUGACUGUCAUUUAAAUAAGAUUUAAAAUUAUCAUACAAGUAAAAUUGAUUCAUAACAGCAUUUGAACUGAAGUAUCUGAUAACUAUGACCAAUAAUUGUAUCUAAAUCACACAAACUUUAUUAGCUGUUGGAGAGCGUCCUCUCAAGAGGGACCAUAUGACCUGAUUCUAAAAUACUUCAAGUUGUCCUAUUUUGUACUCCUAUGAAUUCAUUUAAAUCUCAAAAGUCUUGUAUCUGCAGAGACUCCCUGGACACCCUUAUUUAUCACAUCGUUCACUAAUUUUACUGUAAAUAAAAAUGAAUCAGUGACUAGACAUCUGUCUGUUUAAUUUACAAAAGUAGAAAAUGGAUAGAGUGAUUUUUCAUUUCAUUCCAACAUUAAGAAAUUCCCCCAAUAUCUGUACUGAUAACUUCUUACAGGAACCACAAAAGACACUUAGUGUAUCAGUGUAUAUAUACUUGUUAGAAAUCAAGUUUUCAUUUUGAUGUAAAUAUCUGAAUGAGAACUUUUUAUCAAGUUACUGCCUUCAAAAAAUUAAAAUGCCUUACCUCAUCAUUUUACAGUACAUUUUCUGAUAAUUAUAGAUUGCAAUGGGACGUUCAUUUGCAGCUGGGUCUGAAAGUCUAAAACCACUGUUGAAAAUGAUUCUAUGCAUUUACUAAUUUAAUUACAGUUAAUUACAAAUUGAAAUUUCAGCAUGUUUUGCUUUAAUAACAGCAUCAAUGAUGCUGCAUGGACUCCUUAAGUAUGUGUAAAAUCUGACGAGCAUAUUCUCCAGCAUAAUUUGAGAUGAUCUGAAGAGCAUUUUGAGGUGCAGGGGAAAAACAUCUGACCAUCUUUACGAAGAGCCUUCAUAAUUUUUUGUUAUACAUUUUUCAAAAUCCUAAAACAGGUUUAUUUCCAGUUAAGAUCCCAGACAUUUUUUUGUCUGUUUUAAUUUUUGUUUUAGAACCCAAGUGUUCACAAUACAAAACAAAGAUAUGUUUUUAAUAAGAUGCUUUGAAUAAUCAUAAUAUAGAACUGUAUUAGAAGUGUGUUUAACUGCUUACAUGAACCUCUGAAUUAUCCAUAAAUUUAGUGAUUCUUUGCGCUCUUGCACUGUGACUGCCCCUCCUUCCACGUCUCAUACCUUCUAUUGUUAUGAGACAAACACACACACACACACACACACACACACACACACACACACACACACACACACACACACAGGCGCGGGCGCGAACACACCCGAGAAACACUGGAGA